AAGCAUUGUAGACUUUAGUAUACCAUCUCUCGUUGCUUUAGAAAUUUAAUACCAUUGAAAAAGCUAUAAUAUUGACUAAUCAAGUAUCUAUGGGUGGUGGAUAUAUCAAGAAAAUGUGGUGGAGUCAUGAAACACUUUCCAGAACAAGUGGUAACGAGUUGUGAAGGGAAACGAACACGAGGCGGCACUCGCCAGUCGCUACAGCGAAGCAGUAAGCCAAGGAGUACUCAAGAAAUGAAGUAAGGCACGUUUCAAGAACAUUGCCAAAGUCAAGAGCAGUGAUAAGUGUUUAGACAAGAACAGUGUCAAGUGUUCGUACUGAAAAGCAGCGUUGAAAGUGAGUGAAGCGCAUUGCCAAGAGUGCAGAGUGAAAUAGUGACUGCGAAGGAUGAUCACCUAAGAUAUACAAUCAGACAUUGUUUCCUUGUGGCAUAAAGCUCUGUUAGACGUUGAUGUCUGCGCUGCAAAACUCCAUGAGAACAAUGUUUGUACAUGGACGAAGACUGGGCAGUGCAUGGCCCCGACUCAUCCUUAAGGCUCCCUACUGCAGUGAGGCUAAUAAGAUGAUGACUGGGGAGGGGACAGUCAAGGUUGAGCAGCAUGAAGGUGUCACCCUCAUUGGCAUCAACAGACCGGAAAAGAGGAAUUGCGUCAAUACACCAACUGCUGAGGCACUCCUGAAGGCCUUUCAGGAAUUUGAUGCAGACGAGUCUUCAAAGGUGGCUGUACUUUAUGGUGUUGGUGGAAACUUUUGUGCUGGGUAUGACCUGAAGGAGGUGGCAGAAGAUGUCCCAGUGUCCCUUGGUCCCUAUGGCCGUGGACCAAUGGGCCCUUCACGCUUUGAGACAAGGAAGCCAGUCAUUGCUGCUGUGGAAGGCUUUGCUGUGGCUGGUGGGUUGGAGUUGGCCCUUUGGUGUGACCUGAGGGUAGUGGAGGAGACUGCUGUCAUGGGAGUCUACUGCAGAAGAUUUGGUGUUCCAUUGAUUGAUGGAGGAACAGUCCGCCUACCUGCAAUUGUUGGUGUGGGUCGGGCCCUUGACCUCAUCCUCACAGGCAGAGCUAUCAAGGCAAAGGAGGCAUUAGAGUGGGGCAUUGCCAGUCGCCUUGUGGCUUGUGGCACAGCUAUAGGCCAAGCAGUCAAACUGGCACAAGAGCUGCUCAAGUUUCCCCAAGAAUGCAUGUUGGCUGAUAGGACAUCAGUGUAUAAUGCUGUAUUCAGUGCCAAGUCGCUACAAGAGGCCUUGCAAUUUGAGCAUGAGAAUGGGUGUCCUGUAAUUUUAAAGGAGUCUGUGCAGGGAGCAAAGAAAUUCAUUGGAGGAGUUGGGCGACAUGGUAAAUUUAAUCUGCAUAAUCAACCAGAUCCUGCCAAAUCAAAGCUCUGAGAGAAAUUCCUUGCUGGAGGGUGAUCUUUUAAAAUAGUGACAGCCAGUGACAAUAGAACCAGUGGACAAUUCAGCCAGUGGACAUUUCAACCAGUGGACAACUGAACCAGUGGAUAAUUCAGCCCAUGAACAAUUCAGCCAGUAAACAAUUCAACCAGUAGACAAUUCAGUCUGAAAAAUUCAGCCAGUGAACAAAUGAACCAGUGAACAAUUCAACCAGUGACAAAUGAACCAGUGGACAAUUCAGUUUCUGAACAAUUCAGCCUGUGAACAAUUCAGCCAGUGAACAAUUCAACCAGUGGACAGCUGAACCAGUGGACAAUUCAACCAGUGAACAAUUAAAAAAGUGGACAACUAAAUCAAUGGAAAAUUCAGCCAGACCUUUUAUUUAGAAAGUUCGGUUUUCACUGGUUCAAUUGUCCACUGGCUUAGUUGUCCACUGGUUCAGUUGUCCACUGGAUCCAUUAUCCACUGGUUGAAUUGUCACUGGUUCAGUUGUCCACUGUUUGAAUCAUCCAAAAGCAUGAUGAUGAAUAUGGUAAUGAUGAUGAUAAUAAUUAUGAAGGAGCUACAGAAAACAAGUCAAUGGUGAAAUUUCC